GUUAAAAUAUUAGGCAAAAAUAACCGAUCUGAAAUUGUACAUGUUGAUAGGUUAAAGUUAGCGAAUCCUCCACCUGAUGCAGCAAGUGUUGAGCCUGUUCCUGUUCCUGCUUGGGAUCCAGGGCCAAGCACCUCCAGAGGAUAAUUCAUACGCGGUGUCCCAUAUUACUGAUGAUGCACCAAUAUAUCUGGAACACCUCUCCAAAAUCCGGAUGUACCACGAAACCUGGAGGAUCAUCGCGUUUAUAGAGAUAAGCGAAUUAGAUAAUAAGAAAGAAGUAUUAACCUCACAUGUAAUAAGACUUAAGCAAUUAUGUAUAAGACAUAACACAGUAUGUAGGGCAGAGAAAAUUAUAACAUAUUUAGGUGUUAAAAUAAAUCGGAUUAGGAAACAACAAGAACAAAUAGAUCGCUUAAUAGGUCGCGCUAACUUUCGAAGAAAACGUGGAAUAUUUAAUCCAAUAGGGGAAGUAAGUAAAAUUCUAUUCGGCACGCUUUCGUCUGCAGAUGCAGAAUAUUACAACACAGAAAUUGACAAAUUGCAUGAUGAUAUAGGUACGAUAGCUCGAUUAGUAAAAAAUCAGACGCACAUAAUGAAAACGCAAAUAUUAGAUAACUUAGAAAAUGUUAGAGCCUUUAAAUCUAAACUAACUGCGAUAGACAUCAAUAACGAAAAACUUUACAAUGUAUCCGCGAGAAAUAAAUACGAGAUCGAACUUGAGGAAUUAGCAUUAGAGUUAACUAACAUUGUCAAUGACUAUAGCGAAGAUGUAAAUAAUUUAAUGAACGCCAUUGCAGAUAGUAAGCAUGGCAUAAUACAUCCUCAACUUCUGUCUCCAGACGUUUUAUUCAACGCGCUUAGAAAAACUAAUCUACCUGAAGACACCCUCCCCAUUCCAUUAGAAAUAACUAGUUUUACUACUCUUAUUGACAUUAGCGAAAUAACGAUGGCAUACAUAAAAAACAGGCUUGUCUACAUCCUACAUAUCCCAUUACUUGAAACCCAAAUGUACAACGCAUAUAGAGUAAUUCCUAUUCCCCAUAAAAAAGCUCCAGAAACUUUCUACUUUUAUGAUCCCCCAGACGAGUAUAUCAUAUUAAACACGAUCCAAACAACCUUCUCCACUACUGACAACGAAUCAUUGAACAGAUGUAAACGUAGUAACAAAUUUCAUAUAUGCAAACGACAGACGCCAGACUAUUCUGUAACUCACAAAGACGCUUGUUUAACAAACUUAUUACACUACAGGACAUAGUGUAUUCAAAUCGGACAGCAAUACAUGCACCAUACGAUAUGCGAAAUUUCAAAAGACACUUUGGAUUCAGUUGAAAUCUAACACACAAUGGUUAGCAACUAUUCCCACAACGGAUACAUUACACAUCAUUUGCCCUGAUAAAAAACCCAGGAAUGUAGAAAUUUCAGGAACAAUACUAUUAACCAUACGACCCGACUGUCAAGGCAUUACCGAAGACAUAAUUUUACAACCUGAAAACAAAGCUACAAUAAACACCUCCUUGGACAUUACAUUACGAAGUAUCCUAAACAAUACAGAACUAGAAGACAGACUGAAAGAUACAACAUUAAAAAUAACAGACCUUCCUCUGAUCCGACUCGACGAUUCUCGCCAUUUGAACGCACACAAAUUAAAAACGCUAGGAAAUACAUUAGACGAAAUAGAUGACCAGAUACAACUCCUAUCAGAACACAGAAGGACGAGGACUAUAUACGAACAAACCAUGGACGGAUUACGAUACGCAGGAUACAUAGCUAUCGGUAUACUGACAAUUUACAUUGCCUAUAAAUUCAAAAUCCACAGAUUAGUAACCUCCCUUUUCAAAACACUAACGAACCCUUGCACUCAAGUAUUCAUAAAUUGUUUCCAUAGUACCCCAACGAACAAUGCAUAUUCCGUAAGAUUUACGCCAGAUGAACCAAUUCCCAUAUCACCACCAUUACCUUCUGAACUUCCUAUCAUUAGACAAACCGGCGCAAUACAUAGAACCGAUUUUGCAAUUAAAAACAGAUUGUCAAAAUCUUAAAAAUUAGGGGGAAGGUGUCACAGACGCUGAUAAUGCGGAUUUCUCAAACGUGGAGAAUCAGCAUAUUAGGAAUAUAUAUAGAGCGAACGCGCAGCGGCGCGGGACUAAUAAUAAUAUACGCGAAACGAACUGUUCACCGUUUUGUUUACUGACCAGUGGUAGUUAAAUAUUUGU